AUGACGCUAUCGCUUCUUAUCUCUUAUCGGUGCGUUUUGGUCGUCGAGAUUGGAGGGGAUCGUCGCUUUUUCAUUUGGAAAAACGAGGAGGUGAAGAAGCCCCUUGAGGGAUUUUGAUUCUGGAAAGAAAUAUUCAGAAUCUUGUCAAACUUCGGUCUUUCAACAGUGAUGAAAAAAAAGUUUUUAUUUUUUUUUAUCAGGAACGUCAUUUUAUUCGUAUCACUUUCAUGCUUUAAUUGCCUUGAUGAGGGUAUUCGCUCUCCGAUGCGCGCCAGACCAAAACCGACUUGCGCAAGUUGGAGAAAAGCAAGCCAGUUAGGCAACAACGUUAUGAGCCAUUCCACUUGCGGCAGUUCCAGAAAAUUCUCCAAAGACUGAUCAAUCUGAGGAUUCUUGAUCUGGCCAGUGUCAUUACCAGUUUGCCAACCGCCGCCAGAAGCCCUUCUCCCCCUAUUCGGAAGACGUCGAUCCACAGACGCCGCCGCCGCCGCUGCCGCUUCUGACUGCGACGGGCGUAACCGGUCCCGAAACCCGUCCGAACGCCAGCCUCUUCCCUUUUCUGCGCUUCUCCUCCGCUUUUUCGCGUCGUCGGCAUCGUGGCCAGAAGAGCGGCCUCCUCCGCUGUCACGCUUCUCCUCUCUCCUGGUGUUAUUCCGAUUGCGACGCUGUUUUAUGACCUAAUAAGGCCCUUUUUAGAGGCUUUUAUGACCUAAGGAGAUUCUCUAGGAUCUUCUGUGAGGCUUACUGUAUUCCCUAAAGCUUCCAGUGACCUUUGAGGUGGUCCCACACUGUUUUAUGUCUUAAUAAGGUUUUUUCGGAGAUUUUUUUGACCUCAACAGCUGCUCUCGUGAGUACUGUAUAGAUUACUGUAAUCUUUAAAGUUUUCCGUGACCUUUCAGUUAUUUCCAUACUGUAUUAUCCUUAAUAUAUGUUCGAAGGCUUUUAUGACCUAAAAAGCUUCUAUUGAGAGUACUGUAUAGAUUACUGUAUUCCUUUAAGAAACUAGCGAUCUUUGGGUUAGUUCCAGACUAUUUCAUGGCCGAGUAAGGCUUUUUUUUGAAGGCUUUUUGGCCUAAAAAGGUUCUAUUAAGAGUACUGUAAGGCUUACAGUAUCCCUUAUAGCUUCGAGUGAUCUUUUAUUAAGUCAUAUACUGCUUUAUGAUUGAAUGAGGCCCUUUUCGGAGACUUUUUCGGCCUCAGUAGCUGCUCGAAAGGGUACUGUAGGGAUUACUGGAAUCCUCAAAGCUUCCAGUGACCUUUUAGUUAGUCCCAUGCUGGUUUAUGACAAAUAAUGAGGCUUUUUCGGUUUCAGGGGCUUUUUUGAGGGUACUGUAUGGGGCUACCGUAUUCCUCAAAGCUUCCAGUGACCUUUUGGUCAUUUCCCUAUUGUAUUAUCCCCUAUUAAAGCCCUUUUCGGCGACUUUUUUGGCCCCAGCAGCUGCUUUUGAGAGUACUGUAGAGCUUACUGUAAUCUUAAAGCUUCCAGUGACCUUUUGGUCAUUUCCAUAUUGUAUUAUUCUUAAUAUAGGCUCUCUUCGGAGACUUUUUUGGCCUCUGCAGCCGCUCUUGAGGGUACUGUAGGGAUUACUGUAUUCAUUAGAGCUUCAAGAGGUUUUCAGUUGAUUCCAUACUGUUUUAUGACAUUAUAAGGCUUUUUGGAGGUUUAGGAGCUUUCGGAGUCACUUUAAAGCUUACUGUUUUUUUCUUCGAGCUUAUUUUGUUACUGUAAGUCUCACUAAAAUUUUUAAAGCAUCUAGCGAUUAUGACUCUAUUUGGAGAAAAAAAAUUUUUUUUUCGCCGGUUUUUGUUCAAAAAAUUCGAGCUAGGUUUUCUUGAAGCUUCUUUUUUUCUGGAAAACGACGUAUCCGUACAUUUUUUCGUCUUACUCCUGUCGUUUCCUGUUAUGGCUUUACGCCGGACGUUCUUUUUUCAUGAAAUGUGUUUGCUUGUCGUUUUCCGAUUUCCCAUUUGCCGUUUUUUCAAACGUCACAUUCGAUUUCUUCCUUGAUUCAUUCAAUUUGAAUGUCUAAUACACUAACUUUUUAGUAAAUACGUUUUUAAAGUUUUGAAAAAUCAGAGAAAGGUGAAGAAAAAAAUUAUUUUUUUGAUUACUGUAAACAGAUGGGCCGCAGUCACAACUUUGCACAGUAAACGUUUUUAAUUGACGACAGCCGUUUUUUUGAUAUUUUUUUACUUUUUUUAAAAAUUGUCCAAGUUUUUUUAAAAACGUUUUUGGUAUUUAAAACAAUCAGUAAUUUGAAAUAGCUAGCUGAAUUGUUCAAAAAAACUCAAAAAGGAAGCCCAGUCGUUGAAAAAUCCUGUUCAGGGUAAUCCUCUUCAUUUUUUUCCUAUUCUCUCUGAAAAAAAUUCAACUAAUUUCUUGCAAUUGAACUGUAUUCUAAAAAAAUGUUUUUUUAUUACUUUUUUUGCGAUGUAUUGAGCAUACUGGAGCUUUUUUUUUUACCUUUUGAAGGGAAUAUGAAAGAAAUUUUCACGUUCAUCCGGUUUUUCAGAGUUAAAAAAGGAUUCUCUGUUGCAGAAUGAUCGAGGCGCAGCUGCCGAAAUGGACGACGGCGCCGAACGUCAAGGACGAGCAGUUCAGCGGCGUCGACAUCUGUGAACUCGCCAGGAACAUCGCCUUCAGCAACAGCAACGAGUUGCCGAGGAAAGAAGAUCACACGAGAAGUUCUCCCGGACCAAAGGUACGCCCUUUUUUGAAUUAUUUUUCUUUUUUUUUGAAGUUUUGAUUGAUUUUAGGCUUGUAACGGUCUCACUACUAGAGGAAAAAAAAUAUUAAAAAAAUUUUUUUUUUGGCUUCAAUUCGAUUUUAGGCUUGUAAUGGUAUCAUUAGUAGAGAAAAAAAAAUUUUUUUCUUGGCUUUCAUUCGAUUUAUAGCUUCGGAAAGGCGACUGGAAACGUCGAUUGCAUUUAUAUUUAUGUAAAAAGAGGGCCUAGAAAAAGAAGUUAUUAAAUUUGGACUGAAACUAACUUUUUAAGCUUUAAAAACUGGCCACAGAACUGUAUGAAUUUCGAAAAAUAGGAACAUACAUUUAAAAAAAAAAAUCCAAGCCGACCUUUUCAACACUUUUUUCCCAAUCAAUAAUGCUUCGAUUUGAAACUUUCGAAAGAGAUUUUUCCGACCGGACCCUAUUGACGUUUUGAUAACCGAGCCGAAAAGCGUCGGAAAAUACACAAAACGACGUGUUUUUUUCCACUUUUUCUUGCCUAAAACUGUUCCGUAAACAUUUUUCUCAACUUGUUUGUUCCGUUAAAUGAUCGAUAAUUCUAGAUUUCAGUACGGAAAACCUUUUUUUGGGCUUUUUUUUAAAGAGGAAGGUUCAUUUUUCGAAAAUUCCACUCAAGGGUUGAUAGAGGUUAAGGUGAAUUUUUUAAAAACUUGAUUGAGGUUUAGGCUUAACUUAUUUUUUUCCAGGUUAAUUUAAUAUUUGGGUUUUUCUUUUUUUAAAUAUAUUUGCAUUUUAGGUUAAUUUUUUUGAAAAAGAUGAGUUUAAUUUUUCAUAUAUAUUUUUUUGAGUUUAUCACAUUUUUGGCUUGGUUUUUUUCAAGUUUAUCAAAGGGUUUGGUUUAAUUUUUUUCAAAUUUAAUUGAAUUUAUGUUUAAUUUUUCUCAAAAAUUUGAUCAAGCAUCAGGUUAAAUUUUUGAUAGGAUUUUCGAAAAAAAGUAAGCUUUUUUUGUGUUCUGAAUCUGUUAAGAAUCGAAAAAAAGGUCAGGGAUUUUUUUUUCUUAUGAAAAAAGUCCUGAGAUAAUGAAAAAAAAAUGUUAUGUUUGAAAAUUUCAAUUUUUUAAUUUUUUUUUUAAUUUUGUUAAUGUAUUUCUUAACAUAAUUCAGUAGUUUCAAGUUUUUUUAAACUUGUAAAAAAAUAAUAGAAAAUGGUUUUUUUCUAAGAACUUUUUUUGCCUAUUAUUUUCUUCACUAAAAAAAGCGUUCUUCCCAGUGAAAAUUUUUUUCAAAACUCUAUUUUUCGAUCUUUUAUUCUUUUUAUUUAGUUUUUGACUCGAGUUAUGCCAUUUCGAAAAAAAAAUUUUUAGAACGAAAGUCUUUUUUUCGUAAUGAAAACCUUGACAUUACGGCUGAGAGUUCAAAGAGAAAAAAAUUUACGAAAAAAACGGAUAAAUUAUCAGAAAAAUUGGUUAAUGAAGUUAUCAAUUUCAAAACAAACUAAUUGAGUUCUGAACAGAAGUUCCUGGUUUUUCGAUUUAAUUAAACAAUAUAGUUUUUGGAAAAAGUGGUUGAAAAAUUAUCGCUCUGCACUGGUUUUUUUGAUAAGAAAAUGAUAAGGAUCUCAUCCUCGAUUUUUUUCUCAAUUUGUGAAGCAAAAAUUAGAUAUUUCCCUUGCAUUUAUAAAAAAAGUUAUUUUUUUCCUGAAACAAGUGAAAAAAAGGUGAAGAUUCUCUUUGAACGGUUUUUAAAAAAAUGCGAUUUUUUUAAGUUUUUUUGGCGAAAAAUUUGUAUAUUUUUUUCUAAGAAAUCGAAUAAUUUUUUUCAAAAUUGAUUCCUUCUAAGUUUUUUUGGAUAAUAAAAAUGAUUUGAAAAAAAGCUCACAUUCUUCUAUUUUUUUGAGUUGUUUUUAGAAGAUUUUUUUCUUGAAUCAUUUUUCCAAUUUUUUUAAUUUUUUUCCUGAUUUUUCUUUUUAUUUUUCGCCUUUUUACUAAGAAGAUUUAAAAAAAUAAAAUUAUUUUUUUCUUCGAUUUUUGUGAAAAAAACUAUAAAAAAAUAAGUUAACAUUCACACGUUCUUCCGAAUAAAUAGGAAAUUCACCGUGGGAAAAAAAUGAAUAUCCUCAAUUUUUUUCAUAAAAAAAUAGAAGAUUCUCUUUAUUUACUUACCUUACUCAAAAUUACCAUGGGAAAAAUUCCUCAAAGAAUUUUUUUGAAAAAGUGUAUAUAUCUUUGAUUUUUCAAUAAAAAAAUCAGUGAAAAAAUUUUUUUCUAUAAAAAAAUAGAAGAUUUAUUUAAAAAAACAAAAAUAAUAUUUGAUUUUUAAGAGAAAAUUUACAAAAAAAUCCGAAUUUUUCGCGUUUUUUUAGUAGAUUUUUUUCUUGAGGAAAAAAAUAUUUUCUAAUUUUUUUCCCAAAUUUUUGUACCAGAAAAAUAUAUAUUUCCCCCACGAUUUCUCGAAAAAAAGUAAGAAAAAGUUAACAUUCUCACAGUUUUUUUUUCCGUGUCUAUUUGUCGACGGAAAACGCUGUUUGCCGGGUCGACCCCGGGCCAAUCAGGACCGGAUUACCCGGUUUUCCACGUUCUUUUUUGUUUUCUCCCCCUUUCUUUUGAUAUCGGCCCGACAGUAGUGUAUUUGUAGGAUCCUUUAAGAAUUUUUAUCAUAAGAAAACUAAAAAAAAAUUGGUCUUUUUGAAGGAUUUAUCGGGUUUUUUUAUUGACAAAAAAAUGCUACAUGGGCGUUGAAAAAUCCUUCAUUUUUUUAACAUUUUUUUCGGGGAAAAAGACACCGAAUAUUGUAUAAUUUUGAGUUUUAAUUUCAAUUUUUUUCAUCGAAAAAAAGAGAAAGAAAUGAGUUCUAAAGCUUGGAAAGCUUGAAAAAAAUUGAAAAAUUUUGAAGAAAUUACCUGGUUUUUUUAUAGACCCUUUUUACACGAAAUAUCGAAAAGUAUCAACUAUUUUAAAUUUCGAAAUUUUUUUGAUUUUUUUGAUAUUUGAAGCUUGAAAUUGGAAAACUGGGAAAAGGUUUUAAAAAAACCAGAAAAAAAAGUUCAUUCCUGGAUGCGAUAUAUAAUGGAGAAAGAGCAUCAAAAAACCCAAUUUAUUUCUUUUUUAUCCCGGAUUCUCGCCGGAAAUGGGCUUUUGCCGUGAACCGGAUGACAAAAUAUCCGAUUUUCUGUGGAUUUUUCAUGGGUGAAAGCUUCCGGAUGACGCUUUUUCCUCCAAUCUUGAUUCUUGAUAUGGACUCGGACGCGCCCCAUGAAGUUUCUCUAGUGACCACUUUAGCGGCUUCAGAUCCCUUAAGUGACCUCAGAAACGUCCGGAGCACGUCCGAUUGGUGCUCAAGUUGGAUUAG